UCCCAAUUCCAAUAUAUAGGAAUAUAGAAGAUAAGAUAUAAGAGAUAAAGAGAAAGUUCACUCAAAAUCGAUUUACAAAGGAAUCUAUGCCAAAUGCUACAAUAGUAAUUAACUAUAGUUUAUAGUACUAGUAAUCAAAUUUGGCCCCUCUCACUCAAACAGUUUCCAAAGGCCGCUUGAACAGUAAGAAAUUUCAGUCUCUCGUCUUCUCCAGUGUUGUGGUAAAACCAGAGCUUCUGUUUUGUUUACAUAUUUGUGUGUUUCAUCUCCACAAUUAUAGUUGCAAUUGUUCUAGAUUCCUCAAUUAGGGUUCCUUUUUUCUUUAAACUACUAACUACUAUUUUGUUAUCAACUUCAAACCUUAUUGUGAUUUUGCUUAGCUAGGACCAGGUUCCUUUAUCUAUUAACACCAUGGGAAACAAGUAUUCCAAGGGAACAAAUGCUUCAAACUCGAGUUGUCUCGCUCCUUUUGAAAGUUUUCGAGUUCCUUUUGUAGAUUUGCAGGAAGCAACGAACAACUUUGAUGACGAGUUGUUAAUUGGAUCUGGUGGCUUUGGGAAUGUUUACAGGGGUGUUUUGUGUGAUGGCACAAACGUGGCCUUGAAAAGGCUUAAGCCGGAGUCCCGACAAGGUAUUGCAGAGUUCCAAGCAGAAAUUGAGACGCUCUCUCAGUUACGCCAUCCCUAUCUGGUUUCAUUAAUUGGAUAUUGUGAUGAAAAUAAUGAGAUGAUUCUAAUUUUUGAAUUCAUGGAGAAUGGGACCCUCAAGAGACAUUUGUAUGGGUCAGAUCUCCCCAGUAUGAGCUGGGAACAGAGGCUGGAGAUAUGCAUCGGUGCAGCCAGAGGUCUGCACUACCUCCAUACCAACGCAGUUAUACAUCGUGAUGUCAAGUCUGCAAACAUAUUGCUUGAUGAGAAUUUUGUGCCAAAAAUUACUGAUUUUGGACUAUCCUGGAAAAGGCCCAUUGAUCAGACCCAUGUUACCACAGCCGUGAAAGGAACUUUUGGCUACCUUGACCCUGAAUAUUAUAGAUCCCUACAAGUGACAGAAAAGUCUGAUGUUUAUUCAUUUGGUGUUGUUUUAUUCGAAGUUUAUUGUGCUAGAACUGUCAUAGAUUCAUCUCGUCCAAGAAAGAUGAUCAACUUAGUUGAAUGGGCAAUGAAGUGCCAUAAAAAUGGACAAUUGGACCGAAUCAUAGAUCCCAAUCUUCUGGGCAAAGUAAGACUAGAUUCCCUCAGGAAGUUUGGAGAAACAGCGGUGAAAUGCUUAGCUGAUUCUGGUGUAGAUAGGCCAUCUAUGAGUGAGGUGCUGUGGAAUUUGGAGUAUGCACUUCAUCUCCAAGAGGCUGUCAGUCAAGAUAAUCCUGAAGAAAACAGUAUCAUCCCUAUUGACGAGUUAUCACUGCUAAGCAGUGAUUUCAGUCAUGUAAAUACCAGUUUUAUUGGUUCUCUGAUCAGAGCAUCAAGUUCACAUGAUCUGUCUAGUGAUGAGGUUAUAAGUCCGAGAUAACUAAGUGAAAACGGUACAUACCUUCCCUAGGUGUUUGAUAAUUCCACUUAGGUUCAUGAAUCAUAUGAAGAUUUAUUUUUUUGUUUUUGUAACUAUUUAUUUUUCUAAGUUAUGAGUUGUAUAUAGAAAGAAUGUUAACUUUGAAAACAUGCAUUGCUCUACCUUUGGAUUGGGGGUGUCCGGUUGGUUCA